CAGCAGACCUCCGAGGAGAAACCUUUAAAACUGAGGCCUGUUACUUGAAAUUUUCGAAUAAUUGGGUGUGUAUAACACAUGUAAACAAAUUAAAAAGCCUGAAGCAUUUGAAAAUGAGUGGAUGUCGAGUGUUCAUAGGUCGACUGAGUCCCCACGCCAGAGAGAGGGACGUGGAGAAGUUUUUCAGAGGAUUUGGGCACAUUCGGGAGAUCAAUCUAAAAAACGGCUUUGGCUUUGUAGAGUUUGAUGACCACAGAGAUGCCGAUGAUGCAGUCUAUGAACUGAAUGGGAAGGAAUUGUGCAAUGAAAGGGUCACAAUAGAGCAUGCCCGCUCUCCCAGAGGGAGAGGAGGAGGAGGUGGUGGUGGAAGGUUCUCUCCGCGGUUUAGCAGCUAUCGUCGGGCUCGCGGCUCAAUGUAUGGUCCUCCUGUGCGCACAGAGCACAGAAUCAUUGUUGAGAACCUCUCGUCCCGGAUAAGUUGGCAGGAUCUGAAGGAUAUGAUGAGGAAGGUUGGUGAAGUGACAUUUGUGGAUGCACACACAUCCAACAAGAAUGAAGGAGUGGUGGAAUUUGCUUCACGCCGUGAUAUGAAGAACGCCAUUGAUAAACUAGAUGGGACUGAGCUUAACGGACGCAAACUCAAACUGACUGAAGAUCGCAAGAGGAACAGAAGCCGCUCCCGCUCCAGGAGCUACACCAGGUCUCGCAGUCGUUCCCGAUCCAGGAGCCGUUCCAAAUCCCAGAGCAGGAGCCGAAGCAGGAAACGCAGCCGUACCAGGUCCCGCUCACUCAGCCGCAGCCCAGAGAGGAAGCCCCUUCCCCGGGCUGCCCUGCGCUCCCCCUCCCGCUCCCCCUCUCGCUCCAAGUCUCGGUCUCGGUCUCGGUCUCGUUCUCGAUCUCAAUCCCACUCUCGAUCCCCUCCAGUGCAGAAGAGGCAGUCCAGGUCCAGGUCCCCCUCAGCUGAGAGCCAGCCCUGAGAGCAGUCUCCCUGCCUGCACCAGUUGUAUCUGUAGAUGUGGUUAUCUGUCUCAUAUCUGGUUAGAAUUGCAGUCCGGUCCUUUAAAACAGCUGCUGGUGGUGUGAUUUUGUUUUCGGUUGCGUAAUGGAAAGCCACAGUAGAUGCUCUUUUUACACAAACCUUUUAUUUUUAUUAUGUAUUUUUAUUUGAAAACAAUAGUUAUCCAUCCAUAAUGUUUGGAUCUCCUCAACACCUGCACUCUGCAGCCUGUAUGGGAUUGCAACAGCCAAUGUUACCUAAAGAGUGUGUUUUUUUUUUUUUUUUUUUUUUUUUUUUUUUUUUUUAAAUAAAAUUCUCACCUUUGUAGUUUUUCAUUGUCAUGUAAUUUAAUGUCAUAAAUGGAUGUUAGCUAUGGCAAGUGGACUGGUUUCCUAUGACUUGUAUGUAAAACUGUACCCCUUUUAUCUAGAGGUUUCAGCACAACAACCAGUUUACAACUGUCCCUCUACUGAAUGGUACCACAGUUGCAAUAAAAGGCAGAAUAAUCUGA